AUGGGGUCCACCGGUGGCUCUUCACGGGCAGGCUGCUGGUGUCUCCUCGACCCUCCGAUUCUUCCAUUUCUACCCGACCCGAGCAGACCGGAGUGGAGAAAAAACAAAACAGGAAGUACGGGGGAGAUCGGUCCAGAUGUGCAGAACAUGAAGCAGUCACAGUAUGCAGUCCUGGCCAAACGAGCAAGCCAGAUCAAGGAAGAGCUCAAACAGAGAGUGAGAAAACCAUACAAAGAAUUGAUAGAUGUCUACUGGGGCGACUCGCAGAGAGCAGGUGUGAAGCCUCUGACAUUUGUCCGACAGGUUUUGGCAGCAUGUCUUUACCCUCAGCUUGUGGACAGCGACCAACUGCCAGUGGACGUCCGACAGAGGGCUCAGAUGCUGCUUAAGGGAUGUGCUGGAGGGAGCAUAGGUUCUUACACCGCUACAGCGGGAGUAUCAGAGAUAGUUCACAGAAUCUCUGAGUUCAUAACGAGACGAGACGGCGGGGCUCCAUCUUACCCUGAAAACAUUUACAUCAGCCCCGGCUCACAGUGGGCACUCGCGAAUAUUCUCAAGGUCUUGGUGAACAGCAAGGCUUCACCCAGAACAGGUGUGCUGUCUCCAAUGCCAUGCUACUCCACUUCCGAUAAGUCAAUGAGAGGGCUGGGAGCUUUCGUCGUUCCCUACAACCUCUGUGAGGAGCGGGGCUGGGAGCUGCAGGUGGAGGAGCUGCAUCGAGCGCUGGAAUCUGCAAAAGGAGUCUGCAAGCCUUUAGCUCUGUAUGUCAUCAACCCUGGGAAUCCCACAGGUCAUGUUCAAAGCAGGAAAACAAUGCAAGAGGUGAUCCGGUUCGUUUCAGAGAACAGGCUCUUCCUUCUGGCUGAUGAGGUCUAUCAGGACUGUGUUUAUGGGGAAAACUGUGAGUUUGUCUCUUACAAAAGGGUUCUGGCGGAGAUGGGUCCUCCUCUUUCAGACACAGUGGAGCUGGCGUCCUUCCACUCAGCAUCAAAAGGCCGCAUGGGAGAAUGUGGUCUGCGUGGUGGAUACGUGGAGCUGGUAAAUGUGGACCCCGCUGUCAUGAAACACAUCUACCAACUUUUCUCAACAGACAGUUGUGCACCGGUGUUGGGUCAGUUUGCCCUGGAUUUGUUGGUGAACCCUCCAAAACCAGGAGACCCAUACCCACUUUAUAGUGAGGAGACACAACACAUCAGGACCACGAUGCAUCGCAAUGUAAAGAGAGUCUUUGAGGUGAUAAACAGUCUGCCUGGAUUCUGCUGUCAGCCAGUGGAAGGAGGAGGAUUCGCGUUCCCCAGAAUACACCUGCCACCUAAAGCCAUUCAGACGGCCGAGGAAAUGGGAAUGCUACCAGAUGUGUUCUACUGUAUCCGACUACUGGAGGAGGCCGGUGUGUUGGUCAGUCCAGGUUGUGAAUAUGGACAAAAUGAGGGCACCCACUACAUCAGAAUGUGCAUUAUGGUCCCCGAGGACAUUAUGGAAGAAUUACUGAGGCGCCUGACAAGCUUUCACACACAGUUUAUGAAAGACUUUUCUUAAGGGUUAAUAUGCAAUGAUUUCCUAAAAUACAAUGUAUAAUCCCUCUCAAUCAUCACUUAUGAUCUACUAGAAGUGUGUGGUGGUGUUUGUAUCUGCAGAGACUCUGACUGUACUUUCUCCUUUUCUUAAUUUGCCGUGCUCGGGACGUUUCUGGGAUCAGCAAAGAGAGUUUGGGCCACGUGGGGGUGUGAACGUCCAUCUAUCUGCAGCUCAAUAAUUCAUUCAAACAAUAA